UGGAUUUUCGUCGUCAAUGGAAAUACACAGAAGAAACUUUCUUUUUAAAUUUCUUAAUUUUAGUUGUUAUAAAGAAGUAGAAUAGAGGAAAGUGAUGCAUUUUACUCAGGCCAGUACUUGACAGCUGCUUAAAUUAAAUGCCACAAGAAACGUUUCGUUUUUUUUCUUUUUUUUUUUUCUGAAAAUUUAAAGUUUGAAGUUACAUGAUUUUUGAACUUUUCCGGAAUAUAUUAAUUUUGGCUGAGGAUUUUGUAGAAAUUAAAAUGUUUCGUUGAACUUUCCGGUUUGAAGGUCGAGUCCUAACUAAUUCUCUUCAUCCCAUCGAAAACGGCCAAAAAUAUUGGCGUAUUUAGAGCGUAGAAAACUCUUUGACCCCGCCUCAAGAGUGGGGCAGAAUCCUUCAAUAUGGAGCAGUAUGAAAUUCUAGAGCAGAUUGGUAAAGGGUCUUUUGGUUCUGCUCUUCUUGUGAGGCAUAAACAUGAAAAGAAGAAGUAUGUCCUGAAAAAGAUUCGCCUUGCUCGCCAGACUGAUAGGGCUCGUAGAUCUGCCCAUCAAGAGAUGGAGCUUAUUUCUCAGGUGAAGAAUCCAUUUAUUGUGGAAUACAAAGAUUCUUGGGUAGAAAGGGGUUGCUAUGUUUGCAUAAUAAUAGGAUACUGUGAAGGAGGAGAUAUGGCAGAAGCUAUAAAAAGAGCCAAUGGUGUGCAUUUCUCUGAGGAGAAACUUUGCAAGUGGCUAGUUCAACUCCUAAUGGCACUUGAUUACUUGCAUGCCAACCAUAUUCUUCAUCGUGAUGUCAAGUGCUCAAAUAUAUUCUUGACAAAAGAUCAAGACAUACGUUUAGGUGACUUUGGUCUUGCUAAGAUGUUGACUUCUGAUGACCUUGCUUCAUCUGUUGUGGGAACUCCUAGUUAUAUGUGCCCUGAGUUGCUUGCUGAUAUACCUUAUGGUUCUAAGUCAGAUCUUUGGUCUUUAGGAUGCUGCCUGUAUGAAAUGACUGCUCACAAACCUGCAUUUAAAGCUUUUGAUAUGCGGGCUCUGAUUAACAAAAUAAAUAGAUCUAUAGUGUCUCCUCUACCAACCAUGUAUUCUGGUGCAUUUCGGGGACUCAUAAAAAGCAUGCUACGGAAGAAUCCAGAACUUAGACCCAGUGCUUCAGAGUUGCUCACUCAUCCACAUCUUCAGCCAUAUGUCCUCAAAAUUCAUCUGAAAUUGAAUAGCCCUAGGUGCAACAGUUUCCCAAGUCGGUGGUCUGAUUCCAACUUCGUAAAGAAAACUAGAUUUGUGGAGCAAGAUGAUAUUCUUACUGACAUAAGAAGGCGGUCAUUCAGCAAUGACAGGGCUUUGAACCCCAGUGUAUCUGAAACUGAACAAGACUCCUGUUCAAUUCAAAGGGAGCGAGAAAUUCCAAGUUACUUGUUUGAAAAAUUCACAGAAUAUUCUGUCGGUAUUGACAAUGAAGAGAUUACAAUUGACAAGUCAACAGCCACAAAGUUUCCCACUGUUGCUAAGACCCCAAGAUUGACGCCAGCAAAAGUGUCUGUCACUCCAAGGCGACAUAUAACCCCAGCAAAGAUAUCCCAGACUGCUCAAAAACAUGAUUUGGUUUCAGUAUCACAUACGCCUGCAAGUCAAUCAUCCUACUCAUCACGCAGAGUAUCUCUUCCAUUGCCAACAAGGACUGCAGCCUUGGUGACCCCCUAUAGAGCCAAUGUUGGUAUGCUUCGCAGCGUGGACUCCCCGGAUGUUUCUGUUAAUGCCCCACGAAUUGACAAAAUUGCAGAAUUCCCUUUAGCUUCUUCUGAUGAUCCUCUUUUACCCAUUCGUGGAACCUCAUCAACAUCCGCCAAGUGCUCUUCUUCAUCAAUUGACAGUGUUGACCGUUCUAUAACGAAGGACAAGUGUACAGUCCAGAUCCUGGACAAAGUUGUCACAACAUUGAAUGUAAGCGAUCAUAGUCUUGGGGUUGCACAAGAUGGUAGCGAAGGCUCGGAACAUAAUCGUGCUGCUGUCUCCACUCAUUCGUCUUCUGAGUCACGACAGCGGCGCUUCGACACCUCAUCCUACCAGCAGCGAGCAGAAGCAUUAGAAGGACUUCUCGAGUUCAGUGCACGUCUCUUACAACAACAAAGGUAUGACGAGCUUGGGGUGCUGUUGAAGCCAUUUGGACCUGAGAAAGUGUCUCCUAGGGAAACUGCCAUCUGGUUGGCUAAGAGCUUCAAGGAGACCCAAGCCUAAGCUAAAAUACUAAUGCUUCGUCAUUGGUGCCACUUGUACAUAAAUGACGCUGUCCCUUUCCGUUUUCCUGGUUUUAGAAUUGGUAUGUCUUCUUACUCGAAGACAGUAUGGUGAUUUGUGAUGUGGAUUUGGAUCUUUGCAUUAACCCCUCCAAAAGUGUGCUGUGUGUUUGAAAUAUGCAACUUGUGGGAAAGAGGAAACGAAAAUUUUCUGGAAUUGUAUGCUUUGUACAAUCAGUCCCUUGGUCACCCGGAAAAGAAAAUAAAAAGAAUUAAAAAGCAUGUUAAUA